AUGCGGGAAGAGGAAAGUGAGGAUGGGAGGGGAGUAAUUCAGGUCCUACAACUCCAGGGUCGCCCUGGGCGGCCUGACGCCGAGGUACCCGCCUCGUGCCCUGCACGGCACAGGGACCUUUCCCAGGGCCCUCACACCAAGGAGACCUGUGUGUGGCAAGUGCUCAUGGACAUGCAGCUGGCCCAGGCAGCGCAGGCUGAGGGGCUGGGAGGGUGUAGUCAGGAGUCGCGGUACCAAGGCCCAGGGUCUGAUCACAGGGACAGACCCACUUUCCCAGCACGCGCUCCUCCCGGAAGUGGAAGCGGAAGUAGUACAGGAGGAGCCUGGCGCAUCGCGUUUGUGACGUUACUUCCGGGGGGGCCCAGUGCUGGUCCUAGGGCACGGGAGGAGGCCAAGCUGCCGUUCUCUAGCCGCAGCACAUCACCUGCAGCCCUCGCUCGCUGCCGAAAGAUUCCAUCCACUUGCUGCAGGCCGUCCCUCUCUGGCACUGAACGGUCAUCCCGACAUUGGCUGGAGAUCUCUGUGGGCUUGAUCCUGUGGAGCACAGGAAUCCUGGGGAGCUCUGGAAUUCUGAGGACCCAGCCGGAGGUCGCCCUUGCGUCUAGGUGGACACAGGAAUCCGGACUUCCUGAAGGUGCCAGCACUGCUGUGGCAGGGUUCAGGCCUGGGUUACAGUUACUGUGCAGUGGAGCCCAGCCUAUGAACCCAGCUUCCCCGCAUCGAUUUCAGACACCCUCUUCACUUCCGGAAGUGAAGUUACAGAUGGUAGAGCUCACAAUAUCUAAACAGACAAACACAAGCUGCUAAUGGUAACACAAAGGAGCAAUAAUGUGAAAAUGAUUUAUAAUA